CAUGCCCAUGCCCUCCCGCACCGACCAUGGCCUCCCAAGGUGAGCUCAAGGAGCAGGUCGUCGAUCGCGUGCCCAAGCGCAUCACCGAGCUGCAGUUCGGCAUCCUCUCCAACCAGGACAUUGUCAACCAGGCCGUCAUCGAGGUCUCCGAUCGUCAUGUCUACGACGCCGUUAGCACCGGGCCCACGCGCAAUGUCACCAAGCAUGGCCCCAUGGACGGCCGCAUGGGCAUCUCCAGCAAGAACGCAAACUGCGACACGUGCGGCGAGGAUCUCAAGGCCUGCAACGGCCACUUUGGCCAUGUCAAGCUGGCCCUGCCUGCCUUCCACAUCGGCUACCUGAAGAUGAUCCUCGAGGUCCUCCACAACAUAUGCAAGGAAUGCUCCAACAUCCUGCUCGACGAAACCACCCGCCAAAAGUACACGAAAAGCUUGCGCCGCCCCGAUCUCGACAGCCUGCAGCGCACCCAGAUCUGCAAGAGAAUAUCCGCCGAGUGCAGAAAGGUCAAGAAGUGCCCGUACUGCGCCGCCACCAACGGCCCGGUCAGGAAGGUCACCGGACACCCGCUGAAGAUUGUUCACCUGAAGUACGAUGCUUUCAACAAGUCGACGGCCAAGAAGAAGGAGAUACCGCGCGGCAAGCAAGAGUUCGACAAGUCAUUCGAGACCGCAAAGCAGGGCAACGCCGAGCUGGAGAAGCACAUGCGGAAGGCUGUUGAUGACAUGAAUCCGCUGAGGGUUCUCAAUCUCUUCAAACGCAUUCGGGCCACCGACUGCCCGCUGCUGGGCAUGAACAAGGGGAGGCCGGAGAUGUUCAUCUGGCAAUAUGUGCCUGCGCCGCCCGUCAGCAUCCGUCCAUCAGUUGCCCAGGAGGCUGCUACUACCGAGGACGACAUUACCAAUAAGCUCGGCGAUAUCAUCCAGAUCAGCUCGCUCAUUCGCGCAGGACUGGAGAAGGGUCAACCAGUGCAGACAAUCAUGGAGCAAUGGGAUUUCCUGCAGCUGCAGAUCGCCAUGUACAUCAACAGUGACCUGCCGGGCCUGCAGCAGCAGGGAGUAGGAAAACACAUCCGAGGCUUCUGUCAGCGCUUGAAAGGUAAACAAGGACGUUUCCGUGGUAACCUUUCUGGUAAACGUGUGGAUUUCUCCGGCCGUACGGUCAUCGGUCCGGAUCCUAAUCUCAGCAUCGAGGAGGUCGCCGUGCCGGAGCGGGUUGCUAAGAAUAUGACUUAUCCUGAGAAGGUCUCGCGCUACAAUAUUGAGAAGCUGCGGGCUUGCAUCAGACGCGGCAAGUUCAAGCACCCGGGUGCUAAUUUCGUCGCCAAAAAGGAUGGGCGCAAAAUCACUUUGGAAAUCCUAGGGAAACUCAACAAGCUGGGCAGGGCCGCGGACGAACUUGAAAUUGGCGACAUCGUGGAGAGACAUCUCGAGGACGGGGAUAUCGUGUUAUUCAACCGACAACCUUCUCUGCACAAGCUCAGUAUUCUCAGCCACAAAGCAAAAAUCCGGCCUUGGCGGACAUUCCGUCUUAACGAGUGUGUUUGCAACCCGUACAAUGCUGACUUCGACGGCGACGAGAUGAACCUGCACGUGCCGCAGACUGAGGAGGCCAGAACGGAAGCCAUCGAGCUGAUGGGCGUCAAGCACAACUUGGCCACGCCGAAGAACGGAACUCCUAUCAUUGCAGCUAUCCAGGAUUUCAUCACUUGCGCUUUCUUGACCAGCAGAAAAGAUCUCUUCUUGGACCGGAAAACCUUCGCCUUGGUCUGCGGUUACAUGUUCAACGACGAAGCAGUGCGGGAUCCCGAGACUGGAAAGUACCAUAAGAUCGAACUGCCACCACCGGCAAUCUUGAAACCCCAACGCUUGUGGACGGGUAAGCAGAUUUGGAACGUCCUCAUGCGACCAUACAAGGAAUCCAAGGUCCUCGUCAACCUCGACGCAGCAUGCAAGCAGUACAAGGGUAACGCUAAAGACAUGAACGAAGACGAUGCUUGGCUUGUCAUUCGUAAUUCCGAAGUCAUGUGCGGUGUCAUGGACAAAGCGACUGUCGGUGAUGGUAAGAAAGACUCUGUCUUCUACGUCAUGAUGCGAGACUUCGGCCCCGACUAUGCCGUGCAGGCUAUGAACCGUUUGGCCAAGCUCUCUGCGCGCUGGCUGACUAAUCGCGGCUUCUCUAUCGGUGUGAGCGACGUUACUCCUGGUACAAAACUUGUUAAGGAAAAGACCGAGUUGAUUGAAACGGCAUACGCGGAGUCUAAGAAGGUUGUCGAGUUGUACCAAACAGGAAAGUUGGAAAGAGCUGCCGGUUGCGACGAGGAGAUGACCAUGGAAAACCAAAUUUCCGGUAUUCUCAACAAAGUCCGUGCCGCAGCUGGUGAAAUUUGUUUUUCGGAGCUCAGCAACUGGAACUCUCCGCUUAUCAUGGCCAAGUGCGGUUCCAAGGGCUCCAACAUUAACGUUGCCCAGAUGGUUGCUUGUGUCGGUCAACAGAUUAUUGGAGGACAACGUGUUCUCGAUGGCUUCCAGGACAGAACUCUUCCCCAUUUCCCCAAGGGCGGUCGUCUUCCCGACGCAAAAGGAUUCGUCGCCAAUUCUUUCUACUCUGGUCUCACGCCUUCGGAGUUCAUCUUCCACGCCAUGUCUGGUCGUGAAGGCCUGGUCGAUACGGCUGUCAAGACGGCCGAAACUGGUUACAUGUCUCGUCGUUUAAUGAAGUCGUUGGAGGAUCUUUCUGCCCAAUACGAUGAUACGGUUAGGAAUUCUGCGUCUCAGAUUGUCCAAUUCCGGUACGGUGACGAUAACCUUGAUCCUGUGGACAUGGAAGGCAAGGCCAAGCCUGUGAACUUUGUCCGGUCGUUUGAUCAUGCCAGGACCACAACAUGGAACAACGACGAACGCACCCUACUGCCGGAUGAGAUUCGAAAAAUCACUCUGAAGCGCCUGGAUACUAGACGCAGCAAAAUCCAGCGUUAUUCUGAGCUUGGUCAACCCCUGGCCUUCAAGGUGGACGACAUCGUUUCUACCGACCAAAAGGAGUCCCAACGAGAUUUCCUUGACGAGGUCCAGAAGUUCAUCUUCGGCAGGGCAGAUUCAUUGGAAAGGCUUUUGAACCGCUUCAUAAAUAUCCAGAACAACGAAAAGGACCAUGGCAGGACCGUUGUCGGUGACGAUGGCUUCCAAAACAUCAUCAACGGUGUCGGAAAAAUCUCUGAACGGUGCUUGAAUACUUUCCUCGACCUUUGUCUCACGAAACACGCGCAGUCUCAUGUCCAGCCUGGCCAUGCCGUCGGUGCCACUGGCGCUCAAUCGAUCGGUGAGCCCGGUACGCAAAUGACGUUGAAGACUUUCCACUUUGCUGGUGUUGCCGGUAUGAGUAUCACGCAGGGUGUACCGCGUAUCAAGGAAAUUAUCAACGCUUCCAAGGUCAUUUCCACGCCCGUCAUAACUUGCGAGCUGGAAAACACGUCGGAUAUCCGAGCGGCACGCAUGGUCAAGGCGCGUGUUGAGAAGACGUACCUCAAAGACAUCAUCGCCUACAUUGAAGACGUUUGGUACGAGAACGGCAGCUAUCUCAACAUGCGUGUCGACUGGGACACUGUCAACAAGCUGGGCCUCGACCUCAGCACGCGCGAUCUCGAGAUCGCCAUCAAAAAGGCGCCGAAGCUUAAGAUCGGCAGCGACGGCGGCAACGUCGAAAUUUUCGGCAACCAUCUGCGCGUAUACAUCCCGGACGUGGACAACGGCGAGGGCGGCAAGCCGCGCAAGACGACGUCGCGGUCCUCCAACAAACUCAAGGCCGACGACGCAUACUUCUCGCGGGUGCAGAUGCUCAAGCGCGCGCUGCCCGAGGUGACGAUCAAGGGCUACCCGGAAGCGACACGUGCAGUCAUCAAAAAGGAAGACACGGGCAGCGAAAAGGUGUCUCUGCUCGUGGAAGGCUACGGCCUUCGCCUCUGCAUGAGCACGCCCGGCGUGAAAGGCACGAGCACGUGCACGAAUAGCGUACUCGAGUGCUUCAGCGUGCUAGGCAUCGAAGCAGCGCGUACAACCAUCAUCACCGAAAUCGCGGCCGUCAUGGGCCAGAUGGACAUUGACCCGCGGCACAUGCAGCUGCUGGCGGACGUGAUGACGUACAAGGGCGACAUUCUGGGCAUCACGCGCUUUGGCUUGGCCAAGAUGCGCGACUCGGUGCUGCAGCUGGCGAGUUUCGAGAAGACGCCGGACCACCUGUUCGAGGCGGGCUUCCGUGGCAAGGGCGAUAGCGUGCAGGGCGUCAGCGAGUGCAUUAUCCUGGGCCAGAGCAUGGGCAUCGGUACCGGUGGGUUUAAGGUGGUGCGGAAGCUGAACUUGCCGGUUAGUGAGGUGGGCAGGAAGGGGGAUUUGUUUGAGGGCGUGUGGGGAUAGUUGUGGUGGGUGGUCCAUGGGCGUGUGGCGCUGGGAUUGGAUGGGACGGGAUGGCAUGGCAUGGCUUGGCUUGGGCUUCGGCCUUGUGGUUUCUACUACUUGUGUUUUGCAUUGCGGCGGAGUUUUUUUCAACUUCAUCAUCAAAAGACGUGUCUUGGCUGGCUGGGUCCUCUUUUCUGUUCUUUGUUUCUGGGCCGUUCGAGCAGAUUAUGCAGGCUGCGUUGUUCUGGGGGUUGUUUUUAUUACUUCGUUUCAAAAGCUCUCUCUCUCUCUAUUUGUAGGUUACAGGGGUAGGUAGAGGUGGGUCGAUAACACCUAUGGUGGUAGUAGUAGUAGUAGUAGUAGUAGUAGUAGUAGUAGUAGUAGUAGUUGUUGUUGUUGUUGUUGUUGUUGUUGUUGUAUGGAUGCGGGAAUGCGUGCAUGCAC